UGUGGGCGGUUGGGAGGCCUGUUUUUACGCAGGGGUCUCGCGGGACGGGGGGAAGCAUCAUGCCGGGGGAAGACAACGACCCCGCCGACAGCCAGUGCCCUAUCCGGGCCGCCAUAGGCCACCUCUGCCAGGAGCUCAACUUGGACGCCAGCAGCGCUGCCGAGGCCCUUCGGGAUUUCACGGCCCUGCGAGGCACCUACAGCCUGGAGGGGGAAACAGUACAUUGGUUGGCUUGUGCUCUCUAUGUUGCUUGCCGUAAGAGUAUUAUCCCCACUGUAGGAAGUGGCAUGAGGGAAGGAAACUGUGUCUCACUCACCAGGAUACUACGCUCAGCAAAACUAAGUUUAAUUCAGUUUUUUAGUAAAAUGAAAAAGUGGAUGGACAUGUCAAAUAUGCCUCAGGAGUUUCGGGAGCGAGUGGAGAGACUGGAGAGGAACUUUGAAGUGUCAGCAGUGAUUUUCAAGAAGUUUAAGCCAAUAUUCCUGGUCAUAUUUAAAAAUCCUGAUGAAGAACAACCAAAGCUACAAAGAAGCAGGAAACACAGACGGGUGCCCUGCAAUGUUAAAGACCUAUUCAACUUUUGUUGGACGUUAUUUGUUUACACAAAAGGGAAUUUCAAUAUGAUUGGAGGUGAUUUAGUGAACUCAUACCAUUUGCUUCUGUGCUGUUUGGAUCUGGUUUUUGCAAAUGCACUUCUGUGUCCACAUAAGAGAGAUCUAUUGAAUUCAUCUUUUAAAGGUUUGCCAGAAGACUUCCAUACAGCUGAUGUCAGGACUUCCGAAGGGCCUCCAUGUAUUAUUGCCACACUAUGUGAAUUACAUGAUGGUCUUUUGGUAGAAGCCAAGACCAUAAAGGAACACUACUUUAAACCAUAUAUCUCGAAGCUCUGUGAUAGAGAGAUUUUAAAAGGAGACUGUCUUUUGGAUUGUAGUAACUUUGCAGACAACAACAAAGCGUUGAAUAAAGAAUAUGAAGAAUAUGUUCUGACAGAAGGAGACUUUGAUGAGAGAGUUUUCUUGGGAGAAGAUGCAGAAGAAGAAAUUGGAACUCCUCGGAAGUUUUCUACUGAUGUGCCAUCUGGCAAGAAAAGAUCCUUCACACCCUCAACUCCAUUGACUGGCAGGAGAUACCUUAGAGAGAAGGAGCAAGUAAUUACUCCUGUUGCUUCCGCAACACAGAGUGUAAGCCGGUUACAAAGCAUUGUAGCAGGGCUAAAAAAUGCACCUAGUGAACAGCUUAUAGCUAUUUUUGAGUCUUGUAUACAAAAUCCUGUGGAAAUGAUCAUGAACAGAGUGAAAGAGAUAGGGGAAGUUUUCUGUCAGAACUAUACACAGUCAACUGAUGAUCAGCCAGGAUCUCACAUAGAUUUUGCUGUUAACCGGUUAAAAUUGGCAGAAAUCCUUUAUUAUAAAAUCUUGGAAACCAUAAUGGUACAAGAAAUGCGGAGGCUACAUGGCAAAGACAUGUCUGCCCUUUUAGAGCAAGAUAUUUUCCACCGUUCCUUGCUGGCAUGUUGUUUGGAGAUAGUGCUGUUUGCAUAUAGUUCACCACGAACUUUCCCCUGGAUCAUUGAAAUUCUUAAUCUCAGGCCAUUCUAUUUUUAUAAGGUGAUUGAAAUAUUGAUUCGAUCAGAAGAAGGACUCUCUAGAGAUAUGGUAAAACAUCUCAACAGCAUUGAGGAACAGAUUCUUGAAAGCCUAGCCUGGACAAAAGAUUCUGCUCUGUGGGAUGCCCUCCAAGCAUCAGAAAACAAGGUCCCUACCUGUGAAGAAGUAAUAUUUCCAUGUAAUUUUGAAACAGGGAAUGGAGGAAGAGGACUGGGACAUCUUCCCAUGAUGCCAGUAUCUCCUAUAGUACAUCCUCGAGUCAAAGAGGUUCGGACAAAUCUUGGGGAAAGUCUUAGACGGGAUAUGCAACCAUUGUCUCCCAUUUCUGUUCAUGAUCGCUAUAGUUCUCCUGUGGCAGGAAGUGCUAAGAGGAGACUUUUUGGAGAUGAAAGCCCAAAAGAAAAACCUGCAGAAAAAAAUUUGACUGAAGGGACUAGGUUGAAAAUUGCCCCCGUGUCAAGCUUUGUUGAUGAAAAUGUGCCUGUUUCAACUGAGCAGACGGUUCUUGCAAUGACAACAGCUACAGUAACAGGACAAAAAAUUACACUGCAUGGUAUUGCAAAUAAUACUGGAGGGAUCACUUUGAUACCGAUUUCAGUCAACUUAUCUGAAGAAUCUAAAGCGGACAGCCUUGGACAAGCCCCACUCACUGCUCAAGCUUUAAUCAGUGUGUCUCCAAGUCAUCAUAUGACUCAAGCACAAGAGGCAUAUCAGCCAGCUGGAAGCAGGCCAAAGAAAACUGGAUCUCUUGCACUAUUUUUCAGAAAGGUGUAUCAUCUGGCAAGUGUGCGGUUGCGUGAUCUGUGCAUAAAACUGGAUGUUUCCAAUGAUUUGCGCAGGAAGAUAUGGACAUGUUUCGAAUUCACAUUGGUUCAUUGUACAGAUCUAAUGAAAGAUAGGCACUUGGAUCAGCUCCUAAUUUGUGCUUUGUUCAUCAUGGCAAAGGUAUCCAAAGAUGAAAGAACGUUUCAGGACAUAAUGAAAUGCUAUAGAAACCAGCCACAAGCAAAUAGCCAUGUCUACAGAAGUGUUUUACUGAAACGUGCGUCCACAGAGGCAGCGUCAGAUAUAAAAGUGGAAGAGAUGCCAGAAGAAGACUUACCCAGGAAGAUGAGCUGUUCACCUAUGAGAACAAAACCAGAAAUUCCCAAAGGCUUGGAAAAGGAGGAGAGAGGGGAUCUUCCAACAUUUUAUGACACCGUCUAUUUAGGAAGAGUGCAGGUCUUCGCACUGAAAUUAGAACCCACAUCAGAUAAACAUCACCCAGAGGUUGAAGCACCUUCCCUUUCCCCAUUUCCUAGCAUUAAACAUCAACCUGUAUCGCCUCGGCGGAUAUCCCAACAACAUUCUGUUUAUGUUUCACCUCAUAAGAAUGGUGCUUGCUUGACACCUAAAACUGCCCUCUUAUAUAAAUUUAAUGGGAGCCCUUCUAAGAGUUUGAAGGAAAUCAACAAUAUGAUAAAACAAGGAGGACAGAGGCCUAAGAAGAGAGCAAUCUCAAUUGACAGUGACACAGAAUCACCAGCAAAGAGACUGUGCCAGGAAAAUGAUGAUGUUUUACUGAAACGCCUUCAGGAUGUUGUCAGUGAAAGAGCAAAUCAUUAGGUCUGCAAGAAUACUAUGUGGGCCAAAGCUUGUUAAGAUCUGUCUCAUGUAGCUCAAAACACUGUCCUCUUUCAACUUUCAAUUUUUGCUUAUGUUACCUGAAUGGAGGACUAGUCAAAACAUUGAAGUAGUUUUAUGGUACUUCCUUUUUAAAAAUGGAACUUUAGAGUUAGAUCCUUUGUUCUACAGCUUAUAAGUGCAGCUAUUUGCUUUUUAAGUUUUAUUCUGAAAGUAGGAGCCAGUUCCUACUAUGAGAAGGACCAAAGUUUUCAGAUUGCAGCCACCACAUGUUAGAGAUGUAAUAACCAGUCAGUUGUUCCUUAGUGUGAUUAUUCUCUUGGUUUGAAGUUCACUUGGAGAAAUAGCUUGGUUUUUAUUUGUUGAAAGAACAUUAUUACCUUCUGCACAUUAUUUUAAUGUGACAUAAGUUGGACAAUUCUUACUUCUAGUCAUUCAUAUACUAAAACCCGGUAUUUUUCACUUCCUAGUUGAGAGUGAAGAGGUGUCACUUUUUUAUCUGAUGCUUGGAUAGUGCUUUGAUUUGAAUCAUGAGCAUAACUUUCAAGGGCUGUACUUUUAGCUGCAGGUAGGAUGGCUGACUGUCUGCAGGAUGAAAUGAAAUAGAGUUUGGGAUUGUUUUUGUUGCUGGUGCAACAGCAGAGGUGAAAGUAGCCUACAAUUUUCUAUUGUAGGCUGUACUGGGGAAAUACUAUCUUCUGUUAUCUUAGUAUCUCAUUUUAUUUUCGUUUCUUAAAAAGGCUUUUAGACUCUUUGUAACUUCCGGAGCUUACAUUGCUUUCACUGUAGUGACUGAUGCUUACAUACUGUAAGCCAACUAUGGAAAGCAUGUCAUACUCUGCAGUUGAUUUCUUAGUUCCUCAGGUAACAUGCCUGCUUACACUUCGAUGAGCCUGGCUAUGCAUUGCAGCUGCUUACAAACAACCAUAUCUGAGUGUCUGACAUCCGAAAUAUCUCUCUCCCACAACUGUCCCCCAAAACAGGAAAGGCUGCAGUGGCUUGAAGCACCAAAUGAACAUAUGUCUUUCUCUGAUCUCAGGUAGAAGACAUUACCCCCACCAAGUCAUAGGAGUAGGAAAUGUACCAUGUUUGUGAGAAGUUAUGAUUGCAAAUUGAGUAUUAGCAACUUUCCCCCCAAAUAAACAUGGUAAGAUAAUACUUUUUUUAAAAACCCUCAACCAGCAACAAGAAAAGAAAUGCUUCCUUUCUUUGGACAAUACAUUUUUCCCAUUCCUGUGAUUUGCUGGGGCUCCUUUUGCUUAAGAAAGUGGGGGGAAAUGAGGAUUUAGCAAUUGCUUCAAGCCACUUCUUGUUUGCCCAUUGUACUGCUUGGGGGCAUUCUAAACAUGCACACUGGUUGCUCCUUCUGUGAGAAGCUAUAAUUCGUAGCCAAUGUUACUACAUUCCUAUUAAUAAAUACUGUCCCCCAAAAGUAUAAUUUUGCUUGUGUAGUAUCUACACAAAAGUUAGCCUUAAUUGGGUGCUUUUGUACAUAAGAUAUAUGUAACUAUUGUACGAUUUAGUCUUCAUUUUCUAUUACUGGCAUUGGGUACCAAAUUCAUUUUGAACUCUUUAUGCUUAAGGGUCUCUAAAGAAGAGAUUUGAUGAGGAGUACCCAAUGAAGGUAUGGGAUAGGCUUGUUCUCUGGUUGGUAGGACAAAUCUUCAGCCCUGCUGGGCUCACGCCAAUAGGGCAGAAAGUGUGUCCUGCCUCCCACAUGAAAUAUAUUCUAUCCCAUUGGUCUUAAAUGGAGGGAAAACAAGUAGACCAGUCCCAGGAGUGGCAUAUGUCCCCUUUAUCUGGGGGCAUGUCAAGGGAUUAGAAAGGCUUGGAAUCCCACAGAAACGUGUUUAGGAUUAUUCCCCCCCCCCUGCUGCUGUUGGGACAUGGGGGGCAGCAACUAAGAUUUCCAUGGCUGCACUGAAUGCACUGAGGUCUUCCAGUCUAGAAGAGUCAUGGUUUCCAAGGAAAUGAAGCUGAUAAACAAUUAGUGCUUCACAACAGAAAAUGUCAGUGUAUUUGUGUUUUAAUAAUUGGAUAGGGAAUGAAAAUCCCCAAGUGCCACAGGAUCUAAAAUGUUGAGCUUUUUAUAAAGUUAGUAUCUCUGUGGCAAUGACGGCUUUGAAGGUGUGUUACUUGUUACAUUUUUACCAUGUAGCAUAAAAAUGCACUGAGCUUAGUAGACUCAGCUAUGUCUACUGUUAUUUUUGUGCAUCCCCCCCCCCCAUUAAUUGAUCUUAAUUUCUCAGGGGCUCUUUCUCAAAGUAUAUGCCCUCCAAACCUUUCCAUGUUUUCUUAUCUCAAAGGCUGAUGCUGAAUUUCUUAUUAAUAAUGAUUUAAUAGGUUGUAUUAUAUUUUGUACUAAUUGCAACUUGGUCUACAAGAGGUUAUUGAUCCUGCAAUAUUUGAGCUGAUAGAAUUAUACAUUUCCAUAAUACUUUGGAAAAUAUCAUUGUAAAUAUGAUCCUUCAUUAAAACACUUGUUUCUGAUUGCUUUCA